GUGAUUCUCAUUAAUUAUUAUAUGAAAAACUGACUAAUAAUGCAAGCAUGGUAAAUCAUUAUAACUACUAGCUUAAUUUUGAAGCCUUAUUAAUGAAUUCAAAGAAGAAAUAUACCUUUGUUAUUUAAUUGUUGUAAUAGCUAGUGAUACAAAUUAAUUGAAAAUUCACGUGCGAGUAGAUUAUAAAUUGCAUGAAGGGAGAGCGUUGUCUAUUGGAAAAAGAUCAAGGAGGAAAAAACUGUGAUUCAAGCUCAUAAACCAGCCUGCAAAAUGAAUCUUAGAAGUUGGCAGUUUGUUAUAUUCUCCUUGUGCAUUUUCUUUGGUUCAGGAUUAGUCAAAAACACUGUUGUAUCAGCAGAUGGUGGUCAAUGGUGUGUUGCUAAGGAAGGGAUUCCAGACGUGUUUCUACGACUUGGUAUUGAUUAUGCUUGUGGUGAUGGAGCUGUAGACUGCUCAGCAAUUAUUUUAGGUGGAAGCUGUUUUACACCGGCCAAUCUCCGUGACCAUGCUUCUUAUGCCUUCAAUAGUUACUACCACGCGCAUCCAAGUCCUUCCAAUUGUGUGUUCGGAGGAAUUUCUACAUUAACAAACACAGAUCCAAGUAAUGGGAAUUGUCAUUAUCUAUCAUCCAGUUCAGACACAAGUGCACCAACCCCACCAGGUCCACCAAUCCCACCAGGUCCCCCAACAUUUACACAACCAGGUGAUGUGCCCGCUGGAGCAACACCAAUCCGUAGCGCAACCACAUCUACUUUUCUUUCCUUGUCGACGUUGUUUGUAUGUGGUUUAUUGGUUUUACUCCAAACAACAAAUUUCAUCUAGAUGACAAACACCAAACAAAAACCAACUAUGGAUUAGUUGGAAUUCACUCGAUCUUUUCCGGAGUCAAUAAUAAAAUAAUUUUGAUACUAAAAUUAAAGAGCCAAAAGAAAAUAUAGGCUCUACCAUGCCAUUUUUUUAGGUAAAAAGUGU